GUUGUUGUCAGCAGUCGACGCUCUCACAAAAAACUAAACUUUAAAUUGUAGACAAAAAAAUAUAAUCAUGUGGCCUACACUGCGUUCCUCGGUGCGCAAUAUAUGCGCUCCGCUGAGUCGCUCUUGCCAUCACGGCUACUCGGGAGGUUGUCCGGGUGUGAAUUUGCCCUGGUCGAAGGGAAUGCAUAACCCGAUGCGUUUCACGCUGUUCUGGGUUAUUAUUGGCACUGUGGGCUUUGGUGCUCCAUGGUUGGUUGUGCGCCACCAGAUGCUCCGUAACACAGGUGGACCACCACCAGAACCCAAAUCAGAGGAGCAACACAAGUAGCAUGAAGAACACAUCGAACACAACAGUCUGCCUAACUACAUUUAGAACACUUAACAUGUGCAUUAGAAGCGAAUAAAAACCACACAACAUAUUACUGGAGGGCAUUGCACA